AUGCAGCAGCAUGAAAAGGGGACAGUUACAUUUGUGACUGCCUUGGCAGCGAAACAGUCGUAUAUUUCACCGAGAGCAACUUCACAGAGGCAAAGGCAGCUCCAUGAGGCCCUGAUGAGGUCAAGCACUAACUCUAGCGGAUUUGCUCGCAAUGAGAGAGAAGGCAAGAUGGGAGGCGUAAUUCGUGGACCUUGUGCUCUACCAAGCAAAAAAGAGGGAGCGGUGGAAAGCAGUUACAGAAAGCCUGCCAAAUUUGCACAACCAGAAACGUGCCAGAGCAUCAUGCGACUUGCCUCACACAAGACCUACAGUAAACGAGAAAAAGCUCCCAUGUCCAUCGGUUUCACCACUGAAGGAAUAGAAAAGAGAAUGAAGCAAUUCCCUAUUCCUAAAUCUCAUUCAGUAUUUGCCGUCACGGUCCCACUCUAUACUGCCAUAAGGAGAAACUGCCUUGCUGAAACAAUGCAGAACACUGCCAGAGAGGACACAAUGCCAGGUCAUGAGGCACUAGUAGAGUGA